AUGCCGGCCGUCAAAAAGGAGCUCUCGGCCAGGGAGGAGAUGGCCCUGGCCGCCUUCAACCAGCCCCUGGACGCGCUGCCCGACUACCUGGCGCCGCUGGCCGCCGCCGCCGCUAUCCCCAUCCCGGUGCCCGUGCCCCUGACGGGCCCACCCCCGCGGGGCUACGAGCCUCUCUUCGCGCCCCCGCCACCGCCCCCGCCGCCUCCCCCGCCCCCGCCGCCCCACCUCCACCUCCACCCGCCGCGCGCCUACCUGAGCCUGCCCCGGGCGCACCGGCCGCUGCCGCUGCCCCCGGAUGAGCUGGCGCUGGAGCGCUUCUCCGCGGCGCCCGACUUCCAGCCCUUCCUGGACCACGGCGAGCCGUGCAUAGAGGUGGAGUGCGGCGACAACCGAGCGCUACUCUACGUGCACAAGCUUUGCCAGGGGAGCAAGGGCCCUUCUAUCCGCUACCGCGGCGAGUGGCUCACCCCCAACGAGUUCCAGUUCGUCAGCGGCCGCGAGACGGCCAAGGACUGGAAGCGGAGCAUCCGCCACAAAGGGAAAAGUCUGAAGACCCUUAUGUCCAAAGGCAUCUUGCAGGUUCAUCCUCCGAUCUGUGACUGCCCGGGGUGUCGGAUUUCCUCACCAGUGAACCGAGGUCGCCUGGCUGAGAAGAGGACAAUCCCACUGCCCCCCACCAGGAUCCCAAAGAAGGAGCUGAGUUCAAUUUUCUCAGCAAGUGAUGGGGACAGUGAUGGGAGCAGCCCAGCCCAUGGGCAUCGGCCAGAUGUGAAGCAAGAGGAAGACGUGCACAUCAGUAUCAUGAAGAGAAGGGUACACACUCACUGGGAUCUGAACAUCUCCUUCCGAGAGACGUCUUGCAGCCGUGACAGUGACCUCUCUACCAUCAUCUCCAAUCUGCACCAGAGCCGCCACCUCGUUAUGCCUGAGCGCCAAAGUCGCUGUGAAUUCCAGAGAAGCAGCGUCGAGAUUGGCCUCGGCCCAGCAGAUGACCUUUUAGGCAAAAGGCGGGGCUGCUCCCCCAGCAGCGGCGGCAGUGACCGCCCCUCGGAGAAGAAGCCCAGGAGUGAGUCCCCCAAGGAGCCCUCCCCCUCCCCUCUCCGAGAGGAGCCGGCCCCCCAGAUGACCCCUGAGGAACACUACCGAAGGAUGAUGUCGGCACUCAGCGAGCCGGGCGCCUUUGAGGAGCAGCAGCGGCUCUACCAGCUGGCCAGCACCGUGGGCCUGCCCAGCCAUAGUGAUCUCUUGAGGCUCAGGCAGGAGGUUGCAGCUGCAGCUGCCGUGAGGAGCCCUGGGGCCUUGGAGCCCCAUCUCCCCUCAUCCUCCAGCAGUUCUGCGGGUGCUGGAGUUGGAGGGGGGACUGGAGGGGGGACUGGGCAGCGCCGGAAGCAGGGUCUUCCCCCCCACAGGGAGACAGCUGUCACAGGGCACUUCUCAGAUAGGGACCUGACCCAUCCAUCACUGCUGUCGCCCCAGAAUGCCCCCCACAUCGCCCUGGGCCCCCACCUCAGACCCCCCUUCCUGGGUGUGCCUUCAGCUCUGUGCCAGACCCCAGGAUAUGGCUUCCUUCAGCCAGCUCAGGCUGAGAUGUUUGCCAGACAACAGGAAAUCCUCCGAAAACAGAGCUUGGCCAGGCUGGAGAUGUCAGCAGAGCUACUCAGGCAAAAAGAGCUCGAGAGCCUACACAGACCAAGGCUUCUGACCGGGGACCCACUGGGACUGCCCCAGGAACACCCUGCUCUUCGCACCCAUGAGGGCCCUGACAGCCACUCCCUGCCCCCCUCCUCUCUACAUGAGGACCUACAGCGCAGGCGGAGUGCCAUGCUGGUGCUGAGGCACAGCUCAGCACCACUCUUGGCCCUGCCCCCACACGGAGCCCCCUGCCCAGGCCCGGGCCCCCCAACACCCCCCAGAGAGCAGGCCCGACAGCGCCCUGCUGCCCGAAAGGGGGUCGGAAGGCCAGGAGAGGCCAAGGAAGCCAGUGGCCCAGGGGCCCGGGCCCAGGACAGCCCAGAGGAUGACUCCAAGGAGUCAGACAGUGAGGAGGCCGAAGCUCCCCGGGGUGAGGCUGGGGGUGCCAGCCGCACCUGUGAUGGUUCCAAGGACACAGCCAGCGGGCCUAGUGGCGAGUCUCCAGGACAUGGCCUGGGAGGCAGGGCAGAGGGGAAGGGGCCCCUCCUGGGUGCCCCAUUGCCACCCCCUCUGCCUCUGAGCCUCCCCUACACUGUGAGCCCCUACUUUCACACAGGCACCAUGGGGGGACUGUUCUUGGACAGUGGGGAGGAGUCUGUGGGCCCCGAAGACGUCAGCAAGUGGACAGUGGAUGACGUGUGCACUUUCGUGGGUGGCCUGGCUGGCUGUGGAGAGUAUGCUCCGGUAUUCAGAGAACAGGCCAUAGAUGGAGAGACGUUACCCCUGCUGACUGAAGAGCAUCUGCUGACUAACAUGGGGCUGAAGUUGGGACCUGCCCUGAAGAUCCGAUCCCACGUGGCCAAGCGUGUGGGCAGACUCUUCUACAUGGCCAGCUUCCCCGUGGCCCUACCUCUGCAGGCCCCUGGCCUCCGGGGUACGACGGACAGGGAGCUGCCGGGAGAGCUCCAGCCCUCCUCCCCAGCAAACACUGCAUCCCCCUUUGGGGGCAGCUUCUCUGCCAGCAGAGGUUCCCCUAAACAAGAGAAUGGUACUCCCUCCCUGCUGGUGGGGAUGGGGGAUGUGCCCAAGCCUCCCUCCUAACUCUCCAAGGUUGCUUGGCCAAGGGCCUCAGAGCCCUCCUCCCAGCCAAGGGCAGCUGCGGACCCUUCAGGGCGCUUUCCCUGCCUUGCUCAGCUUUGUAUCUUUUUGAGGCCAAAAAAAAAAAAAAAGGAAAAGGAAAAAACCCCAGAAAAGCAGGACUUGAGGCCCAGGAGGAGAGGAGAAAAAUCCAAAGAAUUUCUGGAAGCAGCAACACAAAACAGCCCCGACUCGUCCCAGCCAAGCCCAGGGAGGCCAGCCACUUCCACACACCCCCAGACUGGACUCAGCUCCUGAUUCAGGUGUCUAUGCAUCUCUAGCAACUUCAAAUGAUACCAAAGACAAACGAAAGCAGCGGCAGAAGCGGGCAGGCCAACGGCCUGGUGUCUAGGGCAGCCACCAUCCAGGGGCCAGCUGCUUUCGCCUUCCUUCCAGAUGGCCGGGGUGAGAAGCAGAGGCACUCUGGGCUUGGCCUCCUGGCGGGCAGAGGGACUCAUGUGGGCUGGAGGCCUGAGCUCUGGCCUGACGGUACCCCUUCCCCCCCAAACACUGCACGUGCCACCAACUUCUUCAAGAGACUUCUCGGUACAUUUAAGCUUCUUUAUAUUGUAAAGAAAAACCAAUAAAGGCCCCAACAUCUGA